AUGAGCUUCCACCACACCUACGCUAUUGCGCUGCUCCAAGAAGCCAGAGUCGAGACGAGUAACAUGAUCGGACACGUACUCGAAGAAGCCAAUGAAGCUGCUGCCUUGGCUUUGAAUGCGAUGGAAUUCGAGCGUAAAAGGGCUCAAGAACUGGCCGCCUCAGCUUCGGAACAUUACGAAAAGGCCCAAGCAGAGGCUGUCGAUGCUUUAGGACGACUUGCUUCCCGCAACUGGUUGUUACGAGAGCGCUUGCUACACCGCCUACAUUGUCUUGGCUCGAAACUACACAAUUUCAAGCACAGCAUCGUCGAACUUGAGCAAGUUUUCGGACCCCAAACUAGCAAUAACGACAUACUUGAGGAAUUGAUUUACUUCUUAGACGAAACGAUACGGUCAGAGAUUUUGAUCAUUUCUGCCUAUGGCGAGUCUGGUUCUGGGGGGAGUACGACACUGCUACGUGGCAUAAAGCUUGAGAAUGGGAACGCAGAUAAGGGACUGAUGCUGCAAUGCUUAGAACACGUCCUUGGUGCAGGGACAGAGGCUUCGACGGUUCACGCUACAUGUGUCGAGGUGGCGUGUGAUGGUGUUUACGACGUUGCGUAUUGGAACAGGAAGGCGCCAUAG